AAUGCAGUUUGAUGGAAAACCUUCAGCUCAGUCACUAUUGCCAUGGCCACAAAAGUACAAAGAAAUCUCUCAGUUUUAUACAGUAGAAGACAAUUCUCCGUCGCCGGAGCUGCAUACGCCGGUAAGAGCUCGACGACGGCGGCAUCUAAGGUCGGAAACUUACUCGUCGUCGCUUCAAUUGCAAAAGCUUUGAUAAAGCCAGGAGGAACACGUAACCUAGAAAAGUAUGGAGAUUCAAUUCCCUUAUCAGAAAGCCUAGUCCUUCAAGUUCUCCGCCGCAACAAUUUGGAUGCUGAAAAGAAAUUAGACUUCUUCAAAUGGUGUUCUCUCAGGCCUAAUUUCAAACACUCUACCGAAACUUACUCUCAAAUGUUCAAAUCCAUUUGCUAUAGUCACAAUCACCGGGAAGCUAUUUUUGUAUUGUUAAACUCAAUGAAGGAUGAUGAAGUGUUGCUUAAUUCGGCCACAUUUAAGUUACUACUCGACUCGUUUACUCGAACUGGUAAUUUCGAUUCAGCUCUUGAGAUUUUGGAGUUUGUAGAAGGAGAUUUGGAUAAUUCUAGUUGUUUAAGUCCUGAUGUGUAUAAUUCUGUACUUAUUGCUCUUGUACAAAAGAAUCAAGUUAAUUUAGCUUUGUCGAUUUUCCUUAAAUUGUUGGAAACUAAUGAUGGGAAUAGCAUUGGGGUUAGUAGUGCCGUUGCGUGUAAUGAGUUGCUUGUUGGCCUUAAGAGGGGUAAUAUGAGAGCUGAGUUUAAACAAGUUUUUGAUAAGCUUAGGGGAGGGAAUGUGUUUCCGUUCGAUAGAUGGGGGUAUAAUAUAUGCAUUCAUACAUUCGGAUGUUGGGGGGAUUUGUCUAGUUCUUUGAGUCUUUUUAAAGAAAUGAAGGAAAGGGGAAGUUGGUUUAGUCCCGAUUUGUGUACUUAUAAUAGCUUGAUUCAUGUGCUUUGCUUGCUCGGGAAGGUUAAGGAUGCUUUUGUUGUGUGGGAGGAAUUAAAGGGAUCAUCGGGGUUGGAACCUGAUGCUUAUACCUACCGAAUCGUUAUACAAGGUUGCUCUAAGGCUUACCUGAUAAAUGAUGCGAUAAAAGUGUUCACUGAGAUGCAGUACAAUGGCAUACGUCCAGAUACUAUUGUUUAUAACUCCCUCUUAGAUGGAUUACUCAAGGCAAGAAAGUUGACAGAUGCAUGCAAUUUAUUCCAGAAAAUGAUUGAAGAUGAUGGUGUACGAGCCAGUUGUUGGACCUAUAAUAUUCUUAUUGAUGGCUUGUUCAAGAAUGGGAAGGCUUUGGCUGCUUAUACCCUAUUUUGUGAUUUGAAGAAGAAAAGUAAUAAUUUCGUGGAUGGGGUUACUUACAGCAUUGUCAUUUUACAUCUUUGUCGGGAAGAUAGGCUUGAUGAAGCACUGAAGUUGGUGGAAGAGAUGGAAGCAAGAGGGUUUACUGUUGAUUUGGUUACUAUAACUUCUCUUUUGAUUGCAAUCUACAGGGAGGGACAUUGGGACUAUACAGAGAGGCUUAUGAAGCACAUCAGGGAUAGCAAUUUAGUUCCAAUUAUUAUCAGGUGGAAAGACAGUAUGGAGGCUACAAUGAAAGCUCCACAGAGCAGAGAAAAAGAUUUUACACCCAUUUUUCCAUCCAACAGGAACUUUGGUGAUAUUCUAGGCCUAGAAAACUUAACAGACGCUGAGACAGAUACUGCCCUUGGGGCAGAGGAUGCUGAGAUACACUACCAGGAAAGUGAUCCGUGGUCAUCAUCGCCAUAUAUGGACAUGCUGGCUAAUAAAGUUAGCUCCCAAAGUAAUUCUUCAAGAACGUUCUCUCUUACUGGAGGAAAACGAAUAGACACUAAAAGUGCAGAUUCUUUUGAUAUUGACAUGGUGAAUACCUUCUUGUCAAUAUUUUUGGCCAAAGGAAAAUUGAGCAUGGCUUGUAAAUUAUUUGAAAUUUUCACCGACAUGGGCGCUGACCCUGUUAGUUAUACUUACAAUUCUAUGAUGAGUUCAUUUGUCAAGAAGGGAUAUUUCAAUGAGGCAUGGGGCGUUUUACAGGAAAUGGGCGAGAAGGUUUGCCCUUCUGAUGUAGCAACGUACAAUGUCAUAAUCCAAGGCUUGGGAAAGAUGGGAAGGGCUGAUCUUGCUGAUGCCGUACUAGACAAACUGAUGAAGCAGGGAGGUUACCUUGACAUUGUAAUGUAUAACACCUUGAUUAAUGCCCUCGGGAAGGCUGGCAGAAUUGAGGAAGUAACUAAGCUUUUCCAGCAGAUGAAAGAUAGUGGAAUAAAUCCAGAUGUUGUCACUUACAAUACACUAAUCGAAGUUCAUGCCAAGGCGGGUCAGCUUAAGCAAUCUUAUAAGUUUUUAAGGAUGAUGUUGGAAGCAGGGUGUGCUCCGAACCAGGUAACUGAUACAACUUUGGACUUUCUGGAGAAGGAGAUCGAAAAAUUGAGAUACCAAAAGGCAUCCAUGAAACGCCCAAAUGUAGAUAAUCCUUUAUGAGAAACAGCUUUACACUUCAGGGGAGGGAGUUCAGGAGGCCCAUGAAGAAGCUGAAUUCAUAGAGCUUGGAGUGUGUAGCGUUCAAAGCAAAAGUUAGUCCAAAAGGUUGUCAAACCCAUUAAAUUGGAGAAACGAAGAAGCAGCACAUCAACUGACAGAAACUUGAUGAUGGCACAGAACUGAGCUCUCACAAUGGCUGUUUCUCAUCGUAGUGGAUUGCUUUGAAAUGUUAAGUGUAUGUUUGGUGCUCCUGCACAAUGAGUUGCUGAUGGCCAUAUUUGAGAUGUCCGGGGGAGAAUAAAUGAACAUGAGAGAAGGCGAUGAAGUUAUAAUUGAGCUUGUCACUGGCGCAUGCAUCGGUUGGCAGAAAAUACAUGUGGAUUGACACCUCAUUCAUUAUUUUCACCUAAGAAUAAGGUCAGCACAUCCUAGCUGUCAAUGAAGUGAGAUGAAAAUCAUAAGAGACUAGGGUAUGAUUCCCAGCACUGUUAAAAACGUUAAGUGACUUCUUCCCAUAUGUGUAAGCAUUGGUGAACAGAGUUAUCUAGCACAUGUACUAGCAGGUAAGAUGUGUGUGGAGAUUAUGAGGAGAGCAUUGUUACUCUUAUGCCGAAAUAGGUAUGGCUUUUCUCAGAGAGCUAAGGCAUUCAAUGAAGACGUCAUGAAAUUGAAGGUCGAAGCAAUGUCAAGCAGACACUCAUCAAAAUGCAAGUAACUGAAGUACAUAAUUAUGGAGGUAUGUACCAGUUGAUUGAACAGUACCUGCUAUGGACUUGGUUGAAUAUCUUAAUUUGUUUGUACCAUAGAACACAUGUAUUUGUGUUGCUUCUUAUUUCUACCAUACUUGCUAGUUUUCCUAAGAGUC